AUGGCAUCUGACGAAACUUAUUCCCUCGGCUACAGCCCUGCUGUAGUAGAUCGACACUCCCUCCGUCGCGCUUCUACCUGUUGCGCCUAUUUCCUACCUCACCUGACUCCCACGUCACACAUCCUGGAUCUCGGCUGUGGUCCCGGUUCCAUCACAACUGAUGUUGCCUCACUGGUCCCUCAGGGUUCAAUUAUCGGUCUCGAUGCCGGAGAAUCAGUCGUCGAAGUUGCUACUGCAAAAGCCAGAGAACUAGGUUUGGAUAAUUGUUCAUUCCAAAUUGGUGAUGUGAUGAACUUACCUUUUGAGGACGAGACGUUUGAUGUGGUGUACACGCAUCAGCUACUCAUUCAUUUACCAGAUCCUGUGAAAGCUAUCAAGGAGAUGAGAAGAGUUUGUAAGGUAGGGGGACUUGUGGCUUGUAGAGAGAGUGAUAUGGGGGAUGCUCUGUUUUAUCCUUCCACUUCUGGACUCAAGAGAUCUGUUGAGAUUAUGGAAGCGAUGAUCAGAGAGAAAGGAUCAGAGCCACAUGCUGGAAAGUUUUUAGGGAACUGGGCUAGAGAAGCGGGGUUUGGAAAUGAGAAUGUAGUGGAGAGUUACAGUUAUCUGAUGCAACCGAGUUGGAAGAACUCAUUGAUGACUGGGGAUGUUGGCCAAAACGCAAUCAGGCUAGGAGUUGUGGACAGCAAUGAGAAAAUUAAAGAAAUGAUUGAGGAAUGGGAUGCUUGGGAGAAAACGGAGGGAUGCUGGUGGAAGACUGGCUGUGGUGAAGUAGUUUGUUGGAAACAGUGA